AUGCAGUUCCUUUCAAUCUUGACUUCCUCCUUCCUUGCAGUCGGCCUCACGGCUGCAUCGACCCCCUCCGGCUUCACGCCGUCUGUCGAAGCGGAUGUAGGCGUCAUUUUCUCGGUUGAUGGGAGCCAUCUCACUCUUGAAUCUGGAACAUUAAUCAGUCAGAACUGGACCGUCAAUGCUCCUACUCUGUACCUGGAGGAUACUACCUCGACAGAUGGCGAGUAUACCAUCAUCAUGGUUGACCCAAAAAUCAACGAGGAUGGCGUCACGAUGGCCGCUCUGCACUGGUAUCAGCCAGACUUGGUCUACUCCUCUGGUGUUCUGACAAUCAGCAACACGUCCGCCCCAAGCGCAGAAUAUGUCUACCCGACACCGCUGGAAGGACCAGCGCAUGAUUAUACCUUGCUGCUGUACAGCCAGCCAAAAGACUACUCCCUGCCUGCCUGUCUUGAGAGCUUGCUGCCUGCAACUGAUGCUGCGCGUCUUGGGUUCAACGUUGAAGAUUUCGAAGAAGUGACAGGUCUGGGUACCCCGGUGGCGGCGAACUGGUUCCAGGUUGUGAACCCGACGCCUGCAACUACUACAAUUGCAGUUACAUCCACCUUUCUGUCUACAUACGCGUGUGAAGCAACUGCUACUGCCAGUUCAUGA